CCAUUGUUUUUAUACCGGCGGUCAGGUUACAAUGUUGCUGCUCGUGCCAGGGGCACUUUUUCCUCACAUUUCUUCCGCCACAACAAAUGGAAAAUGAGUAGUGGUUCAAAUCAGAGGACGUUGUUCCAGACUUGGGGUGCACCCGUCUCUCAAAACAAAGUUCUUCAACCGAAAACAGAUGGCAAGAAAGCCGCUGCACGGCGCAGAGCAACAACCCCGAGCAGCACUGCGCAGGUAGCUAACGUUACAACUCACCUUCCUCAAAAUCCUCUGUGGGCUCACAUAGGUCAGGGGUCAACAGUGAACCCGGGGAGGACAGGGGACCCUGGACCUUUGUAUGAAGAUGAAGAUGAUGAUCUGAUGUUGGUCGCUGUUUAUGAGGCUGAAAAGAGCCUAGGACUUGAUAAUGCAAACUGUUUUCAACAUGACAACCCUGAAGGAACAGAGAGCACUGCCCUCUCUCCCGUCCCGUCAGGUGGGCAAACCUAUCCAGACCUCCCUGGCUUCGACAGCUCCUCGGCUAAGGUGUGGAUUUACCCCACCAACUAUCCCAUCAGGGAGUACCAGAUGAAGAUGUCAGAGGCUGCUCUCUUCCAGAACACACUGGUGUGCCUCCCCACGGGUCUGGGAAAGACAUUUAUCGCCUCUGUGGUCAUGUACAACUUCUACCGCUGGUAUCCAUCGGGGAAGAUCGUAUUCAUGGCUCCCACCAAACCUCUGGUGGCACAACAGAUCGAGGCCUGUUACAACGUGAUGGGGAUCCCACAGGCACACAUGGCCGAGCUGACGGGCUCCACGGCAGCAAAUCGUAGACAGGAGGUGUGGAGGACCAAGCGCGUCUUCUUCCUCACCCCUCAGGUCAUGGUGAACGAUCUGUCCAGAGACACCUGUCCGGCCCAGCAGGUCAAGUGUGUGGUGAUCGACGAAGCCCACAAGGCGCUGGGCAACCAUGCCUACUGUCAGGUGAUCCGACAGCUCUGCAGCCAGACUGUGCAGCUCCGCAUCCUGGCCCUCAGUGCAACUCCAGGAGGGGAUUCAAAGUCGGUGCAGUCGGUGAUCUCUAAUUUGCUCAUCUCGCACAUUGAGCUGCGUUCAGAAGAGAGCCCGGACGUCCGGGCCCAUUCCCACCAGCGCAGUGUGGACAAAGUGGUGGUUCCUCUGGGAGGGGCCCUCUCUGCUCACCAGGCGCGCUACCUGCAGGUGCUGGAGAAAUUCAUGUCUCGUCUGUUCCAGAACCGGGUCAUGGCACACAAAGACCUGCGGACUCUCACCAAAUACCAGAUCAUCCUCGCCAGGGAUCAGUUUCGCAAGAACCCACCACCAUGCAUCAAGGGUCCGCAGCAGGGAAGGCUGGAGGGCGACUUUGCCUUUUGCAUCAGCCUGUACCACGGCUACGAGCUGCUGAUGCAGAUGGGGCUCAGAUCGCUCUUUUUUUACUUCCAGGGAAUCAUGGACGGAUCCAGAGAGAUGCCCAGAGCCAGAAAUGAGCUGCAGAGGACCCCCAUCUUUUUGGAGCUUUACCAUGAGAUGGAAGCAAUGUUUGUGAAGCCAUCUGCUGGUCCAGAUGAGCCAUUCAUUUACAGUCACCCCAAACUGGAGAAACUGGAGGAGGUGGUGGUGCAGCACUUCAGACGGUGGAGUGAGAGCUCGGCAGACAAUAAUGGUCCUCAGGAAGUGAGCUCGCGUGUGAUGAUCUUUUCAUCGUUCCGGGAGAGCGUACAGGAGAUCGCAGACAUGUUGAACCACCAUGCUCCGUUGAUCAGAGUCAUGACCUUCAUGGGCCAAGCUUCAGCGGGGAAGGGAGUCAAAGGCUUCACACAAAAGGAACAACUGGAGGUGGUGUCCAGGUUCCGUCAGGGAGGCUUCAACACGCUGGUGUCGACCUGUGUCGGGGAGGAGGGGCUGGAUAUCGGAGAGGUGGACCUCAUUGUUUGCUUCGAUGCGCAGAAGAGUCCCACCCGCCUGGUGCAGCGCAUGGGGCGUACUGGACGUAAGCGGCAAGGACGAAUUGUUGUCAUCCUGGCUGAGGGACGCGAGGAGAGGACAUACAACCAGAGCCAGACCAACAAGCGCAGCGUAGACAAGUCCAUUAUCGGCAACAAAAGCCGUUUCCACAUGUACCCCAACAGUCCCCGCAUGCUGCCCGAGGGGGUGAACCCCACCAUGCACAAGAUGCACAUUACCUGUGGCCAGUUUGACCAUCGGGAGAGCAGCAGGCGGUCCGUCAGGGGUCGACGGUCCCACUCUGAGGGCCGGGCCUCACUCAUCCACCCUCAAAACCUGAUUCGGCAGCGCAGUGCGACGUCGGAUGGGUUUCUGAGCAGUACUGAAUAUUCCCUGUGGGCGUCCACCAUGAGGCUGGAGGACGAUGAAGCUCAUCCAACCCUGAAACAGUCCCGUUUCCUGUCCCUGCCCAGUGAUCGACCGCCUCAGGAGGAAGAUUCCAAAAGUGGACCCCCGUCCAGGGACCUAUCUUUGUGGGAAUGGAGACACUGGCAGCACAAAGCGCUUCCUACACAUGACAUUGAUCAUUCCCUCCGCUGCCACCACUUCAUUAAGGUGAUGGAGCUCAUAGACGGCAUGAGAGAGGAAAAUGAGGGGGAGUGUCGUUAUGAACAGGAGCUUCUCCCUUACCGCCACAAAGCGGAUGCUGUUGGCCACGUGAAGAAAGGUCAGAAGAAGCAGAAGGGCACAAAGACCGGCACUAAAACGACCAAAAACAAAGCCAGACCGUCUCACUCUACGUUGCCCGAUCUGGAACACUUCGACGGCGAAGGAGAUUGGGAAGAUACACGAGGAAAGACCACAGUUUCCACACUCGCUGUGACAAAACAGAGACUUCUUGUUGCCCAUGAUACUGAGGAGGCUUAUGAUGACAUCACGGAUCACCCAGGACCAAUGUGUCCUCUUCCCUCAAACAAUGACUGUCCCGAAGCUGGCAUGGAUGAUGACUGUGCCAUUAUUAACGAGGAUUUCAUAAAGCCAGAUUCCACGGUUGGUGAGGCUGUAAAUUAUGACAAAACUUCACAGUUGAUUACAAGGAUUGACGAAGAUGAAGAUGUCGAACUUCAGGCCAUGUUUUACCUUCCUAAAUGGGAUUCAGCGCCUCCUCUUUCCUUUGCUAAACUCCCAGGAAGAGACCAGAGUCUGAAGCUCAUCCUGGCCAACGUGGCGGAGCUCCUGUCCCGAUCUCCGCCAGCUUUAGAUUUAGUGGCUGACAUGGCUGCUCCAUCACUUUCUCCCUCUCCUCAGCGGCCUCAUCUGCCAUUCCAGAUCAGCUUUGCCCUGGAUGUGGACGACAAUGACGAUGAAGUGACGAUGAGGGACGCUGACGAUGCCCCCCUGAGGGCGGACUCCGACGAGCCUCCAGUUGAUAAAGAGGACAGUAAACCGUAUCGUCAUCGGCCUCGUCAGGAGCAGCAGCAGCAGCAGAGUGCCUGCAGGAGCGGCGUGGCGGCAAACAGUCCGACCUGGGAUGAAGUUUUUGGGGAAGAGGAAAUGAAUGAUAAACAGGAUGUACGGGAUAACCGCACGGAGACAGUUGAUGAGAUUUACAAGGAGGAAGGGGCUGGUGAUGAAGCUGAGAAGUACAAGGGAAUAAAUAUUAAGAACGAUGGCACGACGGAGGACAAAAAGAGUUGGGAUGAUGUGAGGAACGAGGAAAUGCCCGACUUAACACGUGGUGGUGGUGUGAAAGAUGACUUUCAGUGCAGAGCUCAGAUGGACGAGAGCAUGGAUCUGUUUGGGGAUGACGAGGCCUUCCUGCAGAUGACCAUCCCAGACAUCUCCACUCCUGGCGUCACGCCCAACACAUCCGGAGACAUUGCUAAUAGCACAACAAAGACGUCUAACGCUUCACACACAUUUACCCCAACAAACCUGUGUCGCACUACGCACGCAGCUGAAAGCACGCGCAGAUUAAACACCGCACACACAAAGCACAGAACUCACACUCCAAACACCCCCAGCACCACACCACACACAGCAGCACCAAGUAAAUCUGUACCAGACAAUUCAAUGACAGACAAGGUAAUCACAGCUCCAUGUAAAUCUCCCUCAUUUGACGGCUCCCAUGUCUACUACUCUGUCAACUUUGACCUCGGCUAUUCACUGGAGGACUCUGACGAAGCGGAAGAAGAGGCUGUUCCCGCCCCACGUAUAUCGACCUCUGCACAGCCGAAGAAGCUGGCUGACCCUACUGCGCCUUUGCCGGUCGUCUCAAACUCUUCCACUCCCUAUAACGGCUUCCUCAGACAGAGAAUGCCUCCACAGUCCAGUGAAGCCACGAUAUUUACCCCAGAGAUGCUUUCAGAGCACAGGAGGACAGAUAUGUCGUCUCUUCUAGCUUCGCCUUCUACAGGUGGUGCACUCCCAUCUCCCAUCACGUCACCAGGAGUCAGGCGGAUCCUAAUGCCCAGCUUCACCGGGCCUCGCACUCCGUCUUUGGUCCCCAGCUUAAAGCAGAGACGACCGGAGGAGAACCCUAACAUUCCUCAUCCAGUGGAACGCACCAGUGACAGUGAGGAUGAGGUCGUGGUUCAUAAAAGAAAACAUCAGAAUAAAGUCAAACCCUUGUCGUCCCCGGACGUGUCUAAGACGUGCAGCGACGUGGACUCCCCGGUGGUUGUGAAGAGGAAACGCGCAGCUGCACUUAAUACCUCGGAUGAAAUGGAGGGUGAAGCUGUUUCUGAUGAUGAUUUCCAGAAGGAGUCCGUUGUCACACGCAGAAGCACAGCACCCGGAGCCGAGAGGAAAAGCGUCCAACAAGGCCAAGCCAAGCAUCCCAAACGUCGAAAAGGCCGCCAUUUCCUGGACGAAGAAGCAGAGCUGUCGGGGGAGGGGGGGGGCGACGUGUCGUCUGAUGAAGAGGAUGGAGAAGAACAGGACCGCUCUCUUGAAGGCUUUGUGGUCGACAACACACACUUCUCACAGGGACUGAAUGACUCAGAGAUGCAGGGCGUUUACCUGAAGUCAGUGAAAAGCCCUGCAGUCCAGGGAAAGUUCAAAAUGUCCUACAGAAAUCAUCACAACAUGGACAUAUUUUCUCAGGUGCCUGAGAUGGAUGAAACGUAUGCAGAGGACAGCUUUGUGGUGGGAAAUGAGGUGGAGGAGGUGGAGAGCAGCGCGGACGACGCUGAAGACGUUGAACUUAUGCCCGAGGAAUCAUAUGUGGAGGGGCGGAGGCAGUACGCCACCAGACGGCGUGUAUUCCUGCACAGAGCAAGAGCAGGCGCCGGCGCCAAGCUUACAGCUGGAGCUCCACCAGAGCAGAAAGCUGGGCUGAAAACAAAGCGCGUCCGUGUUAUACGCCUUGAGGAUUCUAGUGAGGAGGAGACGGAGGAAGUUGGUAAAAAGAGAAGUCUCACAACAGAAGCGGAUGUUGCUGUCCCUCUGUGGCCAAAGGCAGUACUGCAGAAACCCCCCUCCUCCUCCUCCUCGUCUUCAACCGCAGCAUCCAAGGUCUCAGUACUGAGCAAGGCACAGAGGUGCUCAGUGAGUGAGGACCGGCAAAAGGAAAGGUGUUGUCAAAGGAUAGAAAAUCAGCAUUUGCUCUCUGAUGAGCUGGACUUUAUAGAGACAGAGUUGCUGUUAUCCUCCAAGAAACAACCCCAGGCACCUCUUGCCACCUCCUCAGUUCCACAGACGUCCACCGCACAGGGUCCAUCAUCAGUCAGCGAGCCCCCUGCCCCUGUUUGCAUUCUGGUGGACAGUCGCUGCCUCAGUAGCGGGGUGGAGCUGAUGACCAGCCUCCGUCAGCGCCACGCAGCCACCGUCCACGUCUGCUCGCUGGACGGCAGCUACUUCAUCGUCAGCAACCGCACGGCGGUGGAGAGGCACAGCCAGUCGGACUUGGCGGCGAUGCAGAACCGCAAGCGACUGGCUGAAAGAGUGAACAGCUUGCAGGGGUUGUUUGAGCGCGUUUGUCUGAUAGUGGAGAAGGACCGAACCAAGCCAGGCGAGGCGUCCCGUCCGUUUCAGCGAACACGCUACUAUGACAGCACUUUGACGGCGCUGGUGCGCACCGGGAUGCGCUUGCUGUGGAGCGAUGGCGCCGAACAGAGCGCCGGCUUGCUGGCAGACCUGGCACGGCUGGAGCAGCGUAAAGGUCAGGGCAUCGCCGUACCGAUGGAGGUCAUAGGGCAGCACAGGCAGCAGGCUCUGCAGCUCUACUUGAGCCUGCCCUCAGUCAACUACAUCCAGGCCCUCAGCAUGAGCCACAACUUCAGGUCUAUUGGCCAACUCAUCAACAGCUCCAUUGAAGCCAUACAAAAGGGAGGCUGUAUGAGUCGGUCCAGAGCCGAGGAGAUCUACCGCUUCCUGCGCUACUCCUGCGACUCCUUCUUGAACACAUCAAAAGCAGGAAAAAACAACUAGUGGCGCGGAGGAGAAAAACAAUCUGAAAUCUAUUCCUCUUCCGUUAUUUGUCCACUACUUUGUCUUUCUUCGCCCUUAUUUUUGUUGCCCUUCUUUGUUUUCACUCUCACCAGGGACCAGAGGAUGACAGGUACAUGUGUACAGUAACUGAUCUAUCUGAAGUGCCUCGGGAUAAUAAUCCAACCUUCUUGCACAAGUUGAAAGGGAAACACCACACAACUCAACUUGUUUGUUAUAUAAUACAAUGGGUGUCUUGAUAUAAGGCAUAGGAUUUGUUUCAUGCAGUAUUUUUGUCAUAAUUUGGGUGAAAAGUGUUUCAAAACACUAAUCUAAGUUGAGGCAAUACUGUGAUCAUAAUCAAUAUUUGAUACUUGAAUAACUUAUUUUUGCCAAAUCAUGUAUACAUAUAUCAAAUGUCUUGAAUAAAAAGUGCUAUUUAUACAUUACUGUCAAAGUAUUUGUGUGUACAGUAAGUAGAACCUGUGAUACCGUCUGUCACCACUAGAUAGUCUUUCAUUUCUUUAACGGUCACUUAACACAUCCGUCCAUUCUCAGAAGAUAUUGUGGGAAUAGUUGAUCUGCAGCAAGAACCGUAUUUCAGAAAACAAUGAUUUUUAUUUCACCUUUCUCUCAGAGUACUACAUAGUGUGCAUGCUGCUUUGGUGCGAGAUAUUGUAUACAAACGAGCACAGAACAUGAAGGCAACAGUAGACGGUAAAAUCAGCCCUUUUACAAAGAUGUCAACAAUCGUGCAUAAUCCACCCGUUCAGACAACUCGAGACAAAAGAGAACUAAAAUCUUGAAACCAAAAAAAAAUAUACAGGAUUGUAACUAGAGAGGAUAUGAAGAAAAAAAAAAAAAACAAAUUCACAGUAUGUACAACAUUAUGUCAUUGGACAACCCCAAAGCUCUUUCAGACCAGCCAAACAUCCGCCACUCUUUAAUAAGAAACAGCAGCAAGAAAAUGUGUGGAAGGAAAGUAAUAGCGGCAGCAAUUUGAAUACUCGUCACUUGCAAGUAGGUUUACCAAGGAAAUUUUUUUUUUUGCACGACCGCAGUUUCACUGUUAGAUUUGUUAUAGUUUACACUUCAAACCUGGAAAAUGUAAAGCGUCAGUGAACUCGGGCAGCAGUUCAGUGAGUAAAGUACUGAGGUCAAAUUCCUCUAGUUCACACUGUGUCCCCCCGUCCUAUAAUGACUAUCCUGGUUAGUAUUGAGGGACACAGCUGUCCAGUGACUUAUUCUCAUAACACUUGUGUGGUCUGAUGGUCAAGCGUCUGAGAAUGUUAUCACAGGUGCAUAAAUGACAGAAGUAAUAAUGUGCCGUCUUAAACUCGCAAACAGCAGCUACACAAUGCUAAACCUGCAGCUGAAAAGUGUUCAAAUUGCCGGACCCAUUCCGUCCUCUGCCUCUAGGUGGCGCAGGCUAGUGCACAGAACCUUUCUGACAAAACCACACCUCCACCUUGAGGAGGAGGCGGAGCCCGACAUGUGCAAACAAGAGGCACAAGUUUUAAAAUUACAUUUAGAUUGUUUAAAAGCCCACUUUUAACCAGCCAUCAGCAGCCAACAGAAUCUUGCACUACUUGGAAAUACAAAAUGAAAAAUCUAUUGCAAAGUGGACAAUGUGAUGGCAGAAAAUGGUUUCUAACUGUGCAUGUACUCACAAUACCAUAAGGUGCUUUCUUUGGACACUGUCCACGAUAAAAAGAUUUAAAAACGGCAUAAUGGCCAAUGGACAAUGAUUGUAUCAAAUAAUUCCAUUCUUUAAAUUAAAUGAUCACACAUGCCUUUGUAUCUGCGUUUGUCAUACUGCAACAGGCCAAAGCGGAGCCUGUAAUAUUUCCACCAAUUAAAACUUUAAACAGCAUCAAGACUUUGGCUCAAAUUCUUAUGACUUCUCAGAGGAAAGUUGAACUACAUACACAAUUAUAACCUCAGAAAAAUAAUAUUUAGAGGUAAAACGCUUUUUGUCUCUGUAACCAUUGUGAAAAGAUGAUGCGUUCACACUAUGUGGGGGUGGACUUGACCUGGAUAUCAUGGAGGU